UCUAAACACAUUUUGACGAAUUAUAUUGUCACGAAAAGAAACAUGUCUUCAUCAAACAUCCCUCAUGUGGUGCUUCAAUCUUCUUCGAAUCAUCACAAAAUGCCUGUGAUUGGAUUUGGCACUGCUUCACCUUUCAUCGCUGACACCAAAGAAGCAUUGUUAGAAGCUAUCAAAGUAGGUUACAGACACUUUGACACUGCAAAAAUAUAUGGCUCUGAAAAACCCCUUGGAGAAGCUAUAGCUGAAGCACUUCAACUUGGCCUCAUAGCCUCUAGAGACGAUCUCUUCAUCACUUCCAAACUUUGGUGCACUGAUAAUUUUCCUCAUCUUGUUCUUCCUGCUAUCCAUAAAACACUUCAGUCUUUGAACUUGAAAUAUUUGGAUCUUUAUUUGGUUCAAUGGCCCGUUGCAAUGAUUCAUGGAGAUUGGGAUUACCCUUUUCCUGAAGAGGCAAUAACAUCAUUUGACUUAAAGGGUGUGUGGCAAGCAAUGGAGGAGUGCCAAAAGCAAGGCCUUACAAAAUUCAUUGGAGUCAGCAAUUUCAAUUGUCAUAAACUUGAAAACCUCCUUUCUUUUGCUACUAUUCCUACUUCUGUCAAUCAAGUUGAGUUGAAUCCUAUUUGGCAACAAAAGAAGUUGAGAGAAUUAUGCCAAAAAGAGGGUAUAGUUGUAACUGCGUGUAGUCCUUUGGGGUCCGUAGGAAGCUUCUGGGGUUCUAAUAAAGUAAUGGACAAUGAAUUGCUCAAGCAAAUUGGAGAAGCUCAUGGCAAAUCUGUUGCUCAGGUAUCCCUUAGAUGGUUGUAUGAGUUAGGGGUAACUAUCGUGGUUAAGAGCUACAACAAGGAGAGAAUGAAGCAAAACCUGGAAAUAUUUGAUUGGUCAUUGACAAAAGAGGACUAUGAAAAAAUUGAUGAAAUCAAGCAGAGUAGGACCUUCAACCUUGGACCAAAACUAUCGGAGGAAGAAGAUUAAUGCAAUGCUAUGAAUAUUAUUCGAAACACCUCAUUUACUUUGCUAUCAACUUUCCUUUCAUCGUAAGUUUUAAGUUAAAUAAAAUAUGAUUUUCAUACAUU